CGAAGGUCUGUGGUUAAUUAAGUAGAUGAAUACGAUAAUGUAAUGUUACGAUUUAUUUGAUUAUUUUAUUUAUUGGAGACAUUCUAUUUUAUUUUGAAGCGACUUGCGGAUGCCAACUGAUGGCGCCUCCUUCUAAGGAAGAGAAUUACAAGGGCUCGCCGGAUUCAGCAGGCAGUGCACGUCUUCUGACUGAGAUGGUGGAAAAUCAUUAAAUCGGUGACACUUUGUCAACUACGGCACUGUUGAAGGCAGGAGAGUGCAGACGCUGCUGGUUUAAAGUUCAUAAAGCGUGAGAGGGUGAAGACUAACUUCUCACGUCUAACGGGAGAACGACUGCGACUUAAACCUUCCGUUUCCACCUGCAUUAUAGGAAAGCUGAAAGAUGAGCGCCUCGCUGCAGCGACAUUUGAAUCACCUUUUCAUUGUUUGGAAGUGGAAGAGGAGAGCAGAUGUUUGUCUCUGCCCCGGUGCUGCGUUGUACUGCAAGAGGGUCUGCUCCACUACAAUUGAAGCAGAUCCCACAGAGAUCCACAGGAGGAAGCUGUUCUUAUGGUUCAGCCAUCUUCCCCAGGAGGAGAAACAGUUUGGAGGCUACUUUAGCCCAGAGACGAUGCAUGUGGAUCCACUGAUCCUGGAAAGGAAGCCAGAGGAAAGAGCGGGACUUCUCAGCACCCCCGUAAAAAUCCAGGCUUCUUCUGGCUCCGCCUUGACCGUGGAGCAGCUUUUUGAAAUAAAUGAAGACCAGCACCAUGACCGAGGACUCAACGUACUGCUGUACGGAGCGGUGGGAACUGGAAAAAGCACAGUUGUCCGAAAGCUAGUGCUGGAUUGGUGCGCAGGGACCACGCUGACAAACUUCAAACUGCUGAUUCCAUUUUCCUGUGAAGAUCUUGGCGAGCUAACAAAGGUUGCAUCUUUGAGGGACCUGGUCAGUAGGAAAUACCUUCACUUGAAAAAAACCCCUCUACUAAGUGGCGAAGGCAACCAAGCCAAAGACGUACUCUUCUUAUUCAAUGGCAUGGAAAAGAUGAAACUUGACUUCCGGAUUGGCUCCACAGAGCUCUGCAGUGAUCCAAAUGAGGCGCUGCCCUCUGGUGCGGUGGUGGUCAACCUUCUUCGCAAGUACCUUCUCCCAGAGGCCAGUGUUUUAGUGACCACCAGACUGUCUGCCUUGGACCGUAUCCCUCCAAAGUAUGUGAGUCGCUAUGCACAGAUUUGUGGCUUCAACGACCCGAACCGUCAGCGUGCCUACUUCACCAGCCGCCUCCUCCAGCAGAGUGGGGGAAGCGUCCAGGCGCAUGAUGCUCAGGCUCUCGUAGAGCUACUUUACCUCAAUCUACAGAGAGAAAGCCAGCUGGCCGCAGCCUGCUUUCUGCCGUCUUACUGCUGGCUCACAUGUGCUACCUUGCACUUCCUGCAUUUUACUGAUGCCAAGGCACCUAUUCGCACUCUGACUGGCAUAUACACCAGUUUUCUCAGGCUCAACUUUGGAGGGGAGGUACUGAGCAAAGCUACUGGAGCAAGUGCACCCAAGCAGGACAUUCACAGUUCUUUAAUGCUGUAUGUCGUCCGCACAGUUGGCAAACUGGCCUACGAAGGCGUGGCAUACAAACGCACCUCAUUCUCAGAACAGGAGCUCGAGCAGUGGAUCGGAGGAAAGACCAAGACGGACGAGGAGUUGCGUCAGCUGGCUGUGUUCAGAACUGACGUGCUAGACUUUUUUCUGGCUCCGUGUGUUGAAAGUUGUAAACAUUUACCCGCGGAACUCUGUGAACAUGAUGGGAGGCGAUAUGUAUUUGCUGUUCCAGCCAUGCAGGAAUACUUGGCGGCACUCUAUGUAGUACUAGGGGAGAAUAAGUCCGCUCUGGAGAAGCUGACCAAGCAGGUGUCCGUAGCCAUUGGACAGGCAACUGAGGAUGUCAGUGCCAUUGUUAAUAUCUUCUCCAAGUUCAUCCCACUCAGAAUCUUUGCAGUCUUCAACUUAAUCAAGCUUUUUCCAAAGUUGUACGAGAAAAUCAGUACUCGAAACAAGGGCAAUAUCGCAAGGACGAUGGCAGCCGAACUGUUCCGCAAGGAAGAUAGCUACAAUGAGGACGUUCUGGAUCAGAUGGAGCAAAACCUCCUGGGAGUGCAUGGUCCACAGUCAAAACAGCAGAUGGAGGCGCAGCCUUUUGAGUUGUACCCCAUCUUCAUGGGUGGACUCUUGCAUUAUGGCAACAGAGUCCUUCUUCAGCAUCUUGGCUGUAACAUCCAGAGUGACACAGUGGCUCAGAUCACACGAGCUCUUCGGAAAUAUCUUGUUCGAGAAAUCAACAAGCCACAGCCACCAGAGGAGUUAAUGGAUCUGUUAGUUCUUCUGUACGAGUUUCAAAAUCCUCGCCUAACUGCGGAGGUUCUUGCCUCAAUCAGAACCAUCCGCCUCCACAAUAUACGCAUGACUGCCCUCAAAUGCUUUGUGUUGAGUUCUGUGCUUUCAUGCGCUCCUCCAAGUUACCAAUUGGAAGAGUUGGACCUUUCCUCAUGUCUUCUUACUCGAGACAUGCUUCAGAUGUUGUCGCCUGCCUUCAGACACACUCGCAACCUCAACCUGCAGUUUAAUAGCCUCGGUCCUGAUUCCUGCAUCCUCCUGAGAGAUCUACUAAAAGACUCCAAAAGUUGUGUUAGUGUACUACAACUUUGUGACAACCGAAUACUAGACUCCGGAGCCUGCCUUCUCCUGGAGGCCCUUCCGGAGAACCAGUCCUUGAGGCAUCUGUCCCUGAUGCACACCGGCUUGGAGGACCAAGGGGCCCUCGAGCUGGCUGAGAGACUUCAGCAGCAUACUGGCCUACAGGAGCUCAACGUUGCCUACAAUAAUAUUGGAGACAAUGCUGCUCUGGCACUUGUGGAUGCUUGCAGGGAACAUCCCAGCAUUGACACUGUUCAUUUGUACCUGAACCCUCUGAGCGAUGUGGGCAAGCAGUCCCUCUACGUCCGAGGCAUUCCCAAGAGCCACGGCGGCAGCGGGCGGCGCGUCAGAGUCCUCGCUUCCGUCACGGAGGGUUCUGAUCUCUCAGAGGAUUGGCACCCUAUUCUCAGUGUCAUUCGUGAGAAUGUCUCAUCUUGGGACAGAGAGCGUUUAAAACAGCAGCUUAAGGUGUUCCUCAGGGAUUUGGAGUGGGGACGUCAACAGCAGCAGAGUCUCUUGAAAAAACUUCACUUCCGAAGGGUGGAGAAAGGCGUGCGUCAAACACUACGGAUGCUGGAGAAAGACACGCCGCCGCCUUCUGCAUCGGUCAACAAGUAACUGGAAUCAACUAGAUAAUACUAUAUUUUAGAAUUCAUGAUGCACUUUGACUGUAAUUAUCAUUACAGAUAGUGUGGUCCUCCAGAUCGAUGUGUGUGCAUGUCAUUAGGAUUUAGCUGACGGUGUGCAAAUGUCACUUCAAGAUUUUUUUACUGCGUAUAGCAGAAAAUAGGUAUAACAUGCCUUAUGUACAAAGCCUUGAAAUAUUUACAAAAUGGAGCUGUAAUAUGUCUAAUUAUGUAUCUAUUUUAAAGCGGGUUGGUGCAAAUGUGUUGCUCAUGCAGUGUGAGGAAGUGACACAUUUGCCCACAUGGCAAAAAAUGUUUCCACAGUAUGUCGUCUGGAAUGACGUGUUGUAGUGUUAAUUACUCUGUUAACAUAUUGGCAAAGGGAUGUUUAACUCUCACCAUUUUGUGAGUGAGCUAAUUUUCAUCCCUGAACUGCAAUUUGAUCACCGGUGUCAUUCACUGCUGAAGUGAAGCUACUGUUUACACAUAAUCUACAACUUCCUGGAUGCCAAAACAAAGCAUUUGAAAGUGAAAAUACACAUUGGGGUUAAUGUGUAAUGAAGCUAUGUCUCUUGUUGGAAGCAAAAGUUAUAAACCGUAUUUUCAUGACAAUAAGGCGUACUGUAUUAAAAGGUGCAAGCUCAUUUUCGGAUGAUAUUUUUGUAUUUAACACACACACAAAAGGCGCACCGCAUUAUGGAGGAAGUCGGCGUGAUGUCACGAUGACGUCACCUCGCUUAGCAACGUGUCGCCAUUUUGUAAAGGGGGCCUGCACAGCUUAACAGCCGUAGACAAACGUUGUCUGACAUUCAUAUAUCUCAGCUGUGUUUUGCGUCUUUUUUUUUCAUAAAAACGUCUUAAACAUGACUUUUUAUUAUCACGAGUCACUGCCGACAAACGCGAGGAAGCGAUACAACUUAAAAUUAGCGUUUAUUGGCUUGCAAAUCUGCCCAUACAUAGUCGCAGCUGAUAGCUCGAUAAACAAAGGAAUGGCCUGCAGUGGAGUUCGGAAACAUCUACAACUACCUCAUAAAGUCACCCAGUAAGUUGACCUUCAUCAAUUACGUGGAAUAUGUACUUUGUGAAACUAAGAAAACUGGUAGGAUAUACGGAGUGAUUAUUUCUGCCGUAACUGGUAGUUCACCUCCAAGCGUUAUUUAGCCGUGAACACGUCACGGCAAAAUAACCAAUUCCCACCAAGCCAAUAAUAUACCGAUUGACCGAUCAUAGCAGUUCACUGCAUAAGAAAAAACGCUUUGCGAGUUGUCGGUUCCAGUAAUAAUAACUACUGCCUAGUCUAUUAAAUCCUAGCAGCUAAUUGGGGGAAAAAAAAAAAAAGAAAAAAAAAAAAAAUUAAGGUUUACUCACCAGUAAUAAAAUGUCAGCUGCAAACGUAAAUGUGCUUGGAUUUAGGUUCCCACAGGCGAGAAUAGUACACGGAACAGUCUUCUUUUACUGUUCCUCGAUUAAUUGCUUUCAGCCAUUUGUUUAUUUUCUUCUCAUGAGGAAUAAUGAAGAACCUUAAAAUGCGGCUCCGAACUCUUCCUUGUGUGACAACCCGCCACUCAGCAACUUUUAGUCAUUCCGACGGAAAAAAGACCGCAAAUAAGACAAAAGUUCAACACGUUUGUUUUACAAUACACUACAGAGCAAUUGCUUGUGAUUCGUCUUUUGCCCCGUUUUCGAUAUGGCGACGCUUUGUUGUGGCUGGUGAUGUCAUUAAUGCCCGGAUGUCCGACUUCUUCUAUUGGGUGCAUGAAAAACAUAUGCUAGCAUGCACGCUAGCAUGCGCGCUAGUGUUUUUUUUUUUUUUUUUUUUUUUUAAGGCAGCAUGAGCAAAACUGAGUUCAAUUGCACUUUAUUAAAGCAUUUUAAAAAGUUUAGACAUAGACUUCACUAUCAGUUGAUGGGACACGGGUUCUAGACCUAAACCCUAACCCAAAUUCAAAGAUUUUUAAAACCAAAUCCGCUAGCGACCUAAAACCCAAACAGGCACCUCCCUUAGGCAUUCAUGAGUCUCCAUGGGCAGCAACAUAAAAAAAAUUCAAAGUCGUUCCCUAAUAAAAUCCCGAUAAAUUAUUUUUUAAUAUAAAUAUAACAAAACUUAAAAUAGCUAUACAAUUCUCAAAUUUACGCCAGAUGCACAGAAAUCACCAAAUGCAAAGAUAAUCACCUCUAUUUUCAGGAUCAAUAGCAAUAUUUAACAUACAAGUUUUUGCCCGAAAUAGCGACUUAGGUUUUGUUGAUUUACUGCAAGGUUUCAACAGCUAAUAAAUCGCUUAAUUUUCACCUCAGAAACUUAAUAUUUAAGGAAAUGCUACGUAAAAUAAACCACAUAAAAGCCGGAUUUUUUUCGUAUGGACGCAGAAAUGUCUAAAUUACUAAUUUUUGCCAAAGAAGGGGCAGUUGGCCGAAAAUUAUCUGAUCAUUUGAAUGUAAAGUUACACUACUGUGUAUGGAUAUAACAUGGCGGCCAUGUCAAAACAUAGAGCUUUUUAUGUUGAAUGUUCUUAUAAAUAAAUGCGCAAAUCCAGAAUCUCUAUAGAUAUGAACGUAAAACAGUCUAGAUUCUUGGUUAAAAGCAAAAAAAUGGGUGGUUAUCAUUCAUUUUAUACAAAUCAUCCAUCUUUCUUCCCUCUUUCUUCCCUCUGUUAAACUAUUAUUAUCCUUGGCGACUUCAACAUUCAUCUUGACAAUCAAAAUAAUCCCUUCACAAAAGAUUUCAUUUCCUGCCUUGAUAGCCUCGGUUUAACACAAUGCAUCAACUUUCCCACUCACAACAAAGGACAUAUUUUGGACUUGGUUUGCUGCUCUGGCUCCACCCCUUCUGAUUGCAGGCCCCAUCCAUUACUAUACUCUCACCACUCCCUACUUACUUUUACUCUCAAGAUCCCCUUUUCAAAGAUUAUCCUCACCAGAUCAAUUUUGUUUUGCAAGAGCAUUAACACCCAAGCACUUUCUUGUGACAUUGACAACCUUCCUCCCACAACCCCGACCAGUUCACCUGCCGAUUUAGUGUCCCAUUACAAUUCCCAUCUCCACUCACUCCUAAACUACCAUGCCCCCCUAAAAACCCAUUCUGUUUCCCUCACCCAAUCCGCGCCCUGGUUCACCCCUGCUCUCUGCCUCCUUAAGUCACGAAACGGUCAGCUCGAACGUCUGUACAAGAAAACUGGACUAUCAAUACACAAGGAAAUGUACAGUUCUCAACUCACUUUAUAUUAUACUCACUUUCAAUAACCUCCGCUCCAUCUCCAAUCUACCUUUCAUUUCCAAAAUUCUUGAAAAAAACCGUUGCAUCCCAGCUCCAUAACCACCUAAAUACCAAUGACAUCUACGAGCACUUUCAAUCCAGUUUCCGCCCCCUCCUCUAGCACCGAAACAGCCUUACUCAGAUUUACAAACGACCUUCUCAUAGCAUCCGACUCCGGUUUAUUAUCAAUUCUCGUCCUCCUCGAUCUCACUGCCGCCUUCGACACCAUUUCCCACACAAUCCUUCUCGACCGACUCUCCUCCAUUGGUAUCACUCACAUUCCCCUUUCCUGGUUCACUUCCUACCUGUCCAACCACACACAAUUCGUCAAAUUCGGCCCCCAUAAAUCCAAUUCCCUCCCUGUCUCUGCUGGCGUGCCCCAGGGCUCUGUCCUGGGGCCGCUCCUCUUUAUCAUUUACAUUCUCUCCCUCGUUUCCAUCUUCCGCAAACACAACAUUCACUUCCACUGUUACGCGGAUGACACCCAGCUCUACAUCUCCUCAAAACCAACUGCCUCCCUCCCACCUUCCUCCCUCACCCUCUGCUUGGAUGACAUUAACUCCUGGUUCUCCUCUAACUUCCUCCUACUCAACAGCUCCAAAACAGAAGUCCUCCUAGUUGGAACCACCGCAAUGCUCUCUAAUGUCCAUAAGUUCUUUAUUACCAUCAACAAUUUACCAAUCUCUCCUUUGUCUCAGGUUAAGAGUCUGGGUGUCAUCCUCGACAGCACACUCUCCUUCCGGUCACAUAUUAACAGCAUCACCUGAUCAGCCUAUUUCCACCUUUGCAACAUUUCUCGCCUCCUCCCUUCUCUCACCCGCCAUACCGCUUCCACCCUGGUCUGUAAUCUAAUAACCUCCCGUCUCGAUUAUUGCAGCUCAAUGCUCUUCGGUCUCCCUAACAAGUCCCUCCAGAAACUGCAGCUCCUCCAGAACUCAGCAGCACGCCUAAUCACUCGAACCCCCGCAACACACCACAUCACCCCCAUCCUCCGUCAACUUCACUGGCUUUCCGUCAAACAAAGAAUCAAUUACAAGAUCCUAAUCAUCACCUUCAAAACACUCCGUGGCCUGGCCCCUCCCUACCUUUGCGAUAUACUCAGUUUAAACAAUCCAACCCGUUCACUUCGCCCUACCACUAUUCUUCCCCUCUCCGUCCCCCGUGUCCGUCUCAGCUUUGGUUCCAGAGCUUUUAGUCAGUGUGCCCCCCAGCUCUGGAACUCCCUACCCCCUGAUCUUCGCAGCAUAUCUACCCUAUCACUUUUCAAAUCCAGACUGAAAACACACCUGUUCACUCUUUCUUACCCACCAUAAUCCCUAUCUGUUAUAUUUCUAUUUCUUUUUAUUGUGCUUUUAUCCUUUCAAUACCUUUUUAUCGUACUGUGAGUCCAUGUCUCUUGUGAAGCGUCUUUGUGUGGUUUGAAAAGCGCUCUAGAAAUAAAAUGUAUUAUUAUUAUUAUUAUUAUUAUUAUUAUUAUUAAAUAUUUCAAGCUAAAGUUAGGCAAAUUUUUUCCCAUUCAUUUUUUUCACGUUUCAAAGUGUAUGCAUGGUGCUAUCUUAUAUUAUAAUUACCUUGAAUCCUCGACCAAAUCACUCUUGAGACACUCCUGCCCGCUUGUAUGCCGUAAUACUUUCGCCCCUUUUUAACCUAAAUCCGGCGUUUGAACGCAGCGUGUGUUUGAGUUUAUAGCAGUGAAAGCUGCACACCACUCUGCCUGGCCCGGCCCCCUACUGUAAGGCUUGGCGCAAUGUCUGUAGGAGCUGUCUAGUCAACUGACGGUGAAGUCUAUGGUUUAGAUUAAUUCAUUCCCCAGCCCAAAAACCUACGCUAAAUCCUUAAUAAAUACUGAAGGUACAAUUACAAAUAGCAAUUACACAUAGCAAAACUAAUACUGUAUUGGCCCAAACAUAAGACGGCGCUGAUUAUAAGACGACCCCCUCUUUUUUAAGACUCAAGUUUGAAAAAAGACUUUUUGAACAUCAAAUUAAUUUUUAUACAGAAAAUAAUUACAGUUCAUCUGAAACAAAUGAUUAUAACAAUAUAUUUGAGAGAAAAAGCAUGUUAUUUUGCCUCAUUCAAAUCUUAAUAUCUGAACAUUUAAAUAUGUAAACGAAAGUGCAAUCACAUUCGUAAAUGAAUGGCUUCCUGUUUUUGAAUUGUAAAUAAACCCAUCUAUUGUGAUAAAAUAACAAAACUGCAAUAACUGCAUUAACCAUCAAAGUGAAGUCUAAUUGUAACUAGUCUCGAAACAAAUCUGAAUGAGGAAAAACAUUGCAAUAAAAUAAUGCAAACUGGUUAAACUAGUAGCUGAGAUCUGCCAUGACAGAACAUUGCUUCAAUGAUAUCUGGCGUCAUCUAGCGUCGUGAAUGGGGAGAGUAGCUGAGAUCUGUCAUACCAGAACAUUGCUUCAAUGAUAUCUGGCGUCAUCUAGCGUCGUGAAUGGGUAUAACGUCUAGACCUCGACCCCCUCUUUUUCAAUCUAAUUUCAAUGCAAAAAAAACACCGUCUUAUAUUCGGGCCAAUACAGUAAAUUCUAAAUACAAAACGUAAUAAUAAUAAUAAUCUAUCGAAAUGGGUACUAAUGUGGUGGUUCUGUUUUGCAUGCGGUUCCUGAACACUCCGUGAAUGACGAGAAAGUGAGAGAAAUGCGGAAGAGUUUUUACUUUCAGUAGCCUUGUUGUGCACAAGUACUGAAAUAAAUAAUUAAAAACCUGACGAAGAUGCCGACUUCCUUGCCGAUUUUACAAUAAUAAUAAUUGUCACCUUAACUUAUAAAGACAGGCAGUCAGAGGUAGGGGGAGGACCGCUGAGACUGUAGACAUAUUCCAUCAUUUCCAUCUUACUUUCAAUGGUAAGUGUCACCUUUUUUUUUACCACCUGUAGCAGCCUUCUUUGGACCCAUGUUUUUUUCUCUCACAAGAAAAUCCGCCGUGCUGCCGUCUUGCGGGAAUGAUGAAAUGACAAUGAAAUUGCUACGCUGUUGUAAAUAGUCGUAUUUCGAGCAUGUCGUCAUAUGUCGAGACGAAUGACGAGUUUAAUUUUAGGUCGGAUGUCGAAAGGAUCGUAUGUCCAGGUACCACUGUAGUACUUUAUGUCAAUAAAUCAUUCUAAACAUCACUGUUCAAAUCCAUCAUAUGAAGCAGGGGUUCCCAAG